GACAGGGGAAUUGGGAAAAGACCGAUUUGACACAAAUGUCCCUGCCUCCAUUUGCCAAGACUUUUCCUUUGCCCCCACCUAUAAAACCCACCUGGGAAGAAUCGGCUAGAGAGCAGGGGAAGAAUGAGCGGGAGGGUUUCUUUCUGAUUGAAAUUUCCAAAUCCAGCAAGCGAAAACCCGCUUCCGUUUCUUCCUCCUCCUUCUCCCAAAAUGGAAGGGGAAGUUGGACCCGCCGCUGCCGCGGUCGUGCCUGCCUCCGCCACCGCUGUGCCGCCUCCCUCGCUGCCUUUGGUGUCCGAUUCGUCGUCUCUCGUCACAUCCCAUGAGGAGAAUCCGGAGGAGGCCCACGCUCUGCCGUCGGACGAGGAGCAGGAGAACAACGAGCAAGACCCUGACCUUGACCCGGACCACGGCGCCGAUCAUGAUGAGGAUCACGACGGAGACCAACACCAGGCGUCGGAGCAAACGGACGACGAUCUUAAGCUUAAAAUCAUAAAGCAGGUGGAGUACUAUUUCAGCGACGAGAAUUUGCCCACUGAUAAAUACAUGAUAAGCUUGAUAAAGAAGAACAAAGAAGGUUUUGUUCCUAUAAAAAUUCUGGCUUCAUUCAGGAAAAUGAAGAAACUUACCCUUGACCAUGAAUUCAUCUGUGCUGCGUUAAAGGAUUCACCACUUUUGGUUGUGAGUUCUGAUGGAAAGAAGGUGAAGCGCCUUAAUCCUUUUCAAAUGUCAGAAGUAAAGGAUCCAAAGCUUUCCACGGUUCUGGUGGAGAAUCUUCCUGAAGAUCAUUCUUUGGAAAAUAUCCGAAGCAUAUUUGGUGAAGCUGGGAGGAUAAGGAAAAUCACGUUUCGUGAUCCUCAUGCGGGUGAAGUCUCAAAGAAAGGAAGCAAAACAGAUUUUCUCGUUAGCAUCAAGUUACACGCCCUUGUGGAAUACGACACUGUAGAGGCUGCUGAAAAAGCUGUGGCUAGUUUGAACAAUGAGCAGGACUGGAGAAAUGGCAUGCAUGUGAAACUUCUCAAGCGAGUGGUGGGCAAUCCUGCACAGAGGAAGCCGUGGAAAGAGCACGAUUUUGACAAGAGUAGCAAUGUUCGCGUGUCUUCUUCUCAAACUGUAGGGGAAGAGGUGGUUAAUCCCACACAGGAGAACCGCCAUGAUUUAUCACCAGAAGAAGAGGAGGCAGAACAUGUUUCCAAGGAGAAGAAUGGACAGAGAGCAAGAGCUAGAGGACGAGGUCGAAGGAAUAGAUAUCACAAUUCUAACGGAAUGGGCCAUGGAACCGCAUCCUCUGUGCACGCAGCCGAACCCUCAAAGCCUCCGCCCGGACCGAAAAUGCCUGAUGGAACCAGGGGAUUCACGAUGGGACGUGGCCGCCCUCUCGCCUCCUCCGAUGUGGUGAAACCCAUUCAGCAGCAGCAGACGGUCUGAAGCUGAUCAUGUGUCAUGCCAGUGUGCACUACGUUUUAGUGUUUUACCAUUUGUGAUGUAUGUUUACUAUUGCGUGGUGGGAACGGCAAGGAUUAGCCUCUUUGAAACGGGUUGUUGUGGGUUUGUCUUAGUUUUGUUGGGGGUGAGUUUUCUUGCAUGGUUUUGAAAUGUAGGAUGAAGAUGGGGAACAGGUCGAUGCCUUUCAUGUGCUCUACAAUUAGUGUGCCUGUUUUAGUUUGGUGUACAGAAAUACGACCUCCUCAUCCCCAUUAGUAGAUGGCUGUGAAUGAAUUGUGACUGUUUGCUUUCCUCUCUUCACUCAAUUCCAAGAUGCCUUGUUUUGGAAGCCACAAACCCUUAACACGGCUUCCAUCCUUUUGCUGUUUGCAUCUUAGUGUUGGUGGUAUGGUGUUAGGGCUGGCUAUUUGGUUCGGACUAUUAGGUUUUACCGGAAAUCGAACUGUAUAACCUGGACUGCGACCGGAUAAUAAACAAUCCA